GUCAAAUUUUAGUUUUUUUAAUUUCAUUUUGAAAUCGUUUGUCUUCAUAAAAGGACGUCAAGGGCAUAAAAGAAUCGCUCAACGGACGAGGCAGGCUGUUGCUAGUGGCCGGACUGAUGGUUGCAGCAUAUUUUAAAAAUCUGUGAAAACAACAUGUAUGUUCAAUCAUUUGGCCAAACCGAUAAAACUAUGUCUAAUCUAGUCGGGGAAUUUAUAUUUAACACUGCUUAGUAAGUCACAGGUAAGACACUUCAAGACUUUCUCCUUCGCGAUAAAAUUACAAAAUCGAUAGCGAUAAAAGACAGAACGCCUGUAAAGUCACAGAAGAAUCUGUUCUCACAGUACGUGGCUGAUAAAACACCUUUUGGUGUUUUUGUAUUGAGGUUUGACGAUUUUUCAGUCGUGAAAAACAUACCAACUAGAGCGUCGAUCGUUUGCAAUGGAUAACAAGACAAUCGUGAACAACACCACACGAGAAGCCGAUAACGGAACCGAUUCUUCAGGGGAACUCGAUUUCAUUUCAGAUGGACUCACAACAGGAAUUGUGGUCAACACCUUUCUGAUACUUUUAAUCGUGGGAGGUAAUUUUCUGGUGAUUGCAGCUUACGUGAAAAAUCACCGACUUCGCACUGGAACCUACUCGUUGUUAGUGAGCCUGGCUUUGUCUGACUUACUCGUUGGAGGUGUCGCUAUCCCAAUCCGAAUCUACGGUUCCAUCAAGAGUUGGGAUGUCAGCGUCAUAUUUGUUUUAGCUUACAACGCGUUUGACAUCUUCAGCGCCGUAGCGUCCAAUCUUCACUUGAUGGCCAUAUCAUUCGAGCGUUUCAUAGCCGUUUCGCGACCGUUUUAUCACCAAACGCUCUCCGUCUCUCCGUACGCGGUAGCGUCAAUGAUGUCCUGGACCUUAGGGAUUGUCGUCGCCUCAGUACACCCAGCAAACUAUUUACAAAACGAUAGUGAUAUAUCGCUAAAGUUGAGACUCCUUGAGGUAUACUCUGUCGCUUUAUUUGCCUUGUGCUUCUUGGGGCCGUUAACAACAAUCACAAUUUUAAACAUCGGGAUUUUCCGCAUUGCAAGAGUGCUAAUCCGACGCGAUCCAUUACAACACGGAAACAUGGGACAAGGAAGGCUGAAAAAAGAGCGUAAAGCGGCAUUGACGCUUCUUGUUAUGACUGGGGUUUUUUUCAUCGCUUGGUUUCCAUUUUUUGUUGUCAACAUGUUGUACCUGUACUGUAUCACUUGCCUCCCAUCCUCAAUCAACGCUCAGUUUGUAAUGGUGGACAUCAUAAAAUGGCUGCAUUUCUCCAACAGUGCCAUCAAUCCAGCCAUAUACGCUUACCGGGAUAUCGAAAUGCGCCGAACAUUCGCCAGACUUCUCGGUCCCUUGGGAAAGUUGUGCGGACUCAAUCAAAUCGAACCGGAACAUACGAAUACACAAGUUGUUAUCGACAUGCAGACAAGAUAGUAAGGAAACUACCAUGACUGUUUAAUUGACGACAAUGGUCGCAAGUGCUAGGCUAGGCAGGCCGUUUUUCGAAGAUCAGCUUGGGAUAUUGCGAUUCACAAGUCCAGCAUUACAAUAGCCCACUCUAACAGAACAAAAAUGUUUAUAAUUUACACGUUCGCUAAAAGAGCAAGAUCUUUUGUUUUCAAGGUCAAUGACCAGUCAACUGGCAAUGUAUAUGCUUUGGAUAUGGUUGCUCUUGUAGUUAUAACGAAAAUUAUUUACCAGUAUUGGUCAAAUAUUCCUCAGUCGAAUUUAAUUAGAUCUUUCAGGACACAAAGUACAUACUUUUUCUACUACUUUAUAUCAGUUCAUAGACAUCAAAAACGAAAAAAAAGUUAUCCUUAACCCCGUAAAACGAUGAAAGUAAAAAAAAAAAUCACCGAAAAAAACAACACUCAAAUGUUUUUUGCCACUUUACCCAAUUCAGUUCAAUGCUGCCACCAAGCAAAUCAUUUAUUGAGCCAAUUGGAAACUCGAUGUGAAUAUCCAAUUGGUUUUAACAAACUAAUGAUUGCGGAAUUCGAAAAGCCGGAGAGACCUGAUGGGGAAAAAAAUAAUUUUGGAGCCAGUUUGUUUCCAGCGCAAGUAUAUAAUUAUAUACUUUGUAUAUUGAUUCAGUAGUUGAGCCGUUUUCCCCUGCAUGCGGUCAAUACUAGAUUCUAUUGACAUUUAGUGGAGAAAGAGUACUAUUAAACAUCAGUCUUUCAUAUAUGAGGUUGAAGUUUCUUAUCAAAAUAAGCCCGAUAUCAUUAACUUAGCCCUGGCAGGUGAUGAAGAUUUUCAUUAGCCGUUAUAUAAAUAUUGAAGCUUGGACAUGUCAACUCAACGUUUGCUCAAUUUUGAUUAUCUUGCUUUGUGAGCCAGUUAGUUCCAUCGAGUGAUACGUGAAAGAUUGUCGGAACAAAGUGGACAACGGCUUCUCUGUGAUAGGUACAAAACUCAAUCCUGAAAACAAAAUGAAAUCUUUUAAAGAUGAGGACCACCUUUCGAUAAACUGUGACUAAAUUCAUUUCAGUUUAGUUAUGCAUCGAGUAAAAUGUGA